AUGAGUGCUGUUCCAUCGACGCUGCCAAACACGCGACAUGAAGUUGAGGCGUGGCUCUUGAAUAACUUCGUGGCGUUUGACUCUCUGGACAUCACGGAACACCCCAAGAUCUUCGCGAAGGGCGCACAGCUGCAGUUCGCCAACAACCCUAUUCUCCACGGAAUCGAAGAGAUCCAGCAAAGCUUUGUGCCCGCCUUCAGUGCUCUCUCGUACAUGAAGCAUGUUGUCUCUGCUCCCCUCAUGCCUCCUCAAGAGCUGGAUCUCACGCCUUAA